AUGACAGAUUACGACUUCUCCACCCGUGCCGGCUUCCAACUCGCAAUGAAGAACGCCCUGACUACGUCAUCACCUGAAGAAACGGAAAAAUACGCAGAAGCAACAGUCACAUCCUCCUUCUACCACACCUUUAACGGCCAGCGCCUAGAGCGUGAUGCAUGGUACCAAAGUCUCGAGAACUGGCGAGGCAAGAUAACGCACUACGAUCCAAACGUAGAAGAGUUUUUGAGAGAUGGUAGUCAGCUUGCGGCGCGCAUGACAGGGGUAGUCCAGCUCGAUGGGACUGAAACGUUCUUUGAGAGUUUUUUCUUUGCAACAGUUGACGAGGAGAGCGGCAAGCUUGCGUCAUUGACGGAACGAGCGGUCUGGGGUGCAGUGGGAAAGGGGGAAGUUCAUGGAACGGCAUGA